GAUGUUGCUGAAUUCAAACAGAAGGCAUAAUCUGAUGCGUGGCUACAUUCACAAUCUUUGUAGCACUUCUUUACCAAAGAACAAUAUAGAUUAUACUGAUUCUGAGCUGUAAGUCUUAAGCUAGAAACAACUUGGUUACCAAGGAAAUUUCCUUGAGAAGUAAUCUUCUUUAUUCUGUAUACCUGGGGACAGCACAUUUGAAGAUGGGGACCAAAAAGAAAUAUCUAAGUUAGGAAGUUCCACACCAUUCAGGCAAAAUCUGGCUGGAGAGGAAAGCUGUUCCCAUGAUGAGGGAGCUUCCCCAGCUGGCCUGUAGGUGGGUGUGUUUAACAGAAGGAAGCAAUGGGAACCAGCCUGUCAGCCAGCCUUUAGAGCUAAUUAGCUCAGCACACAACAAAGAUAAGUGAGCCUGGGAGGAGGGCCCCCUGAAGGGUCUUUAGAUUCUGGGAAAUGUCUGAUUGGCAGAUGUUAAAAGGGAUUCUUUGGUAAUCCUGUGCAUCAAUGAGCUGCACAAAUUCAGUCCAGGACUGCAAGAAUUCAGGCAUGAGGACACUGUGCAGCAGGCUUACACAGGCAGACCCAAGAUGGACAGAACCUUGGAAUCCCUGAGACACAUCAUUGCCCAAGUCUUGCCUCACAGAGACCCGGCUCUAGUCUUCAAAGAUUUGAAUGUUGUGUCAAUGUUACAGGAAUUUUGGGAAAGCAAGCAGCAACAGAGGGCUGCGUCCCCAAGUGAAGGCGUGGUGGUCUAUGAGUCCCUGCCAUCUCCCGGACCUCCCUUUGUGAGUUAUGUGACCCUCCCUGGGGGAAGCUGUUUUGGCAACUUUCAGUACUGCUUAAGUAGAGCUGAGGCCAGACGGGAUGCAGCUAAAGUGGCCCUAAUCAACUCCCUUUUCAAUGAGCUGCCCUCUCGCAGGAUCACCAAGGAAUUCAUUAUGGAGAGUGUGCAGGAAGCGGUAGCUUCCACCAGCGGCACUUUGGAUGAUGCGGACGAUCCCAGCACCAGCAUCGGAGCCUACCACUACAUGUUGGAGUCAAAUAUGGGGAAGACCAUGCUGGAAUUUCAGGAGCUGAUGACCAUUUUCCAACUCUUACACUGGAAUGGAAGCCUAAAAGCUCUUCGUGAAACAAAGUGUUCGCGACAGGAAGUCAUCUCCUACUAUUCCCAGUAUUCCCUAGAUGAAAAGAUGCGCAGCCACAUGGCCCUGGACUGGAUUAUGAAGGAACGGGAGUUUCCAGGAAUUCUCUCUCAAGAGCUACGAAUGGCCCUGAGGGAGUUGGAAGAAGCCAGGAAAGCAGGACAAGAACUACGAUUUUACAAAGAGAAGAAAGAAAUCCUGAGUUUAGCCCUGACUCAGAUCUAUAGCGAUCCUGACCCUUCCUCACCCAGUGAUGAUCAGCUCAGUCUCACGGCCCUUUGUGGUUAUCACUAGCAAGGCCAGGUUCCAACUAUCCCUGGGAACAGCAGAGGCCAGAUUCUAACAUUAGAAAGCUCUUUAAAGGAAGUCUUUGGAGGCUUUAGCACCUAUCUAGCUAAUUAAUACCUGAAGGCUAUACUAACUCUCCCCACCCGUUCCAUUCAUAGAAUCUGAGAGUAGUAGGACCCUUACGGGAUCCAAUAUCCCACUCGAUGUAGUUUUCCCAUCAUGCUCUCAAUAGAAUAAAAGGAUGGAGACAGAAUGAUCUGAAAAAUAUUUUCCAGGCCUGGCUUCAACCUAAUGCCCAGUUGACAUGUGCCUUGCUAGAUUAUGUGUGUUGUUGGAAAGAAUGGAUCAGUGUAGCAUCUCUCAGAAGAACAUCAGCCAGGACUGCGGAAAGUAGCAUGAUAGCAAACUUUUAAAAAAUA